AUGGGUCAUGGUCGUGGUCGUCGGUCGAGUUUGAUGGGAAAAGAUGGCUUGGACUUAGAGGCGACGUUAAGUAUGGUGAGACCGAAGAUGAAUCAGAAACUUGGACGAGGGAAGCAACCCACAGGUACUCCAUCAUUAGCGUGGUCAUGUGCUGUCGUCAUUGUUUCGAUUCUCGCCGGUGCCUCCGUCGUCCACAACAUCUACAAGCCUAACUUGACUUUACCACCAGUAGAAGGUGCUGAUGGGACCAAGGUCAAGCCACCUGAUAAGAAAUAAGUUUUUUUUUUUUUUUUUGU